GUCCGUUUUUAUCUCUCUGUCUCUGUGUAUCGUCGCCACCGCCAUCAUUGCCGCCACCGUCACGCGUUUGCUGUUUGCCUCACCGUGGAAAGCGGAGAAAAGAAUUGGUGAAGACAGGCAUACCAGCUCUGUGAACCGGCCGUGGUGAAGUUAGUGAAGGAAUUUAAAUUGUGAUUCGAUUGAGCUUGUCUCAAUUUAGUUCGCCUGGCGGAACCACUCCACAGCUGUAGUGACGGCGUGGUGCUGGGCAACUUUAGGUGGAAGCUCCCCGUUUUUGUGACGAUUCUGGUGUUCCAGUUUUACGUUGAACGUUUUACGAAACACACAACUGUUUACCCAUAGUGAAAUAUCCACCGUGAUUACUCUUGCAGUGCUGUGUAAGGCGUGAAGAGGCGCAUAAGAUCUCUUGGUGCUGUUAAAUCCUACACUAUAAACAACAACUGAAUAAAUCUUCCAUUUAUAAGAUUUUUCUAGUCAGGAGGUAAAGGAGGAAUAGCUGAUCUACGUCUAAUACUAUAAGAUAACGGGUGAUUUAUACGCUGCACAUCCGAUAUAGAUGCAUUAAGUUAAUGCACACAUCGUACUCUGGAGUGCAAUCGCAGCGCAGAGUGAACGUUUAAACGGCCAGCGUACCUUUUGCAGGAAGUAAAUUGUACAAGUUUUAGCGCUAUCUUUAAGGCGCAACGGUGAACGGUGGGAGAAAAAAAAACAAUCUGCCAACGGUGGUAAAACGCUUUUCCGGGUGUCCAUCCGGAAUAUCAUCAGUAUUACUAGUGCUAUAACUAUACCGUACACAAGGCUGGAAUCAACGACGACGAAGACAACGCACGGCGAAACACUGAAAAUACGACAUCCAAUAAAUUUGCUGUCUUAACUGUAAGGACAUUCAGAGGAAGCAUCGGAAGCAGCAGAAGCAAAAAGGCCUCCAGAAAGAAGGAAGAAAGCACGAGUGGUCGUUACAAUCAUUUACGGACGCCGCACAACGGUUGACACUUCCAUUAUCGUCGAUAGACGAAAAGCACCACCACCUUCCAAACCGAACCCGCCCGACCGAAAAAGGAUCCUUCGAGGGGUGGCAACUAACGAAUCUGCUUUCGGUUCGUGUUAGCUAAGGAAAAGCACACUAGCGAGCAGUGUGAAACAAAAGCGGUAACUGUGUGUAAUACCUCCCUGCAUCCAUCGUCUGUUCAUCGCCGCUUAACUGUGUCAUGAUGACGAACGGAAUCGCUGAUGCGCAACAAAAUGGCGGUGGCCAGGAAGACUCAAAGACCAAUCUUAUCGUCAAUUAUUUACCACAGCAGAUGACCCAGGAGGAGAUACGGUCGCUUUUCUCCAGCAUUGGAGAGGUGGAAAGCUGCAAGCUGAUUCGAGACAAAGUGACCGGGCAAAGCCUUGGGUACGGCUUCGUCAACUAUCAGCGGGCAGAGGAUGCAAGCAAAGCGAUCAACACACUGAACGGCCUAAGGUUGCAAAACAAGCAAAUUAAGGUAUCGUUUGCACGCCCAAGUUCCGAAGCAAUAAAGGGUGCGAAUCUGUAUGUGUCCGGUUUGCCGAAAAACAUGCUACAGGCGGAUCUGGAAGCAUUGUUCAGCCCGUACGGACGCAUUAUUACGUCCCGCAUUCUGUGUGACAAUAUUACAGCACGACAGUACAGCUCUCCAAAUGGUGGUGAAAAUGGUAAUGGUCUUUCAAAGGGUGUCGGCUUUAUUCGCUUCGAUCAGCGCAUGGAGGCUGAAAAGGCUAUUAAGGAGUUAAACGGAACCGUACCGAAAGGUUCAACUGAACCGAUCACGGUCAAGUUUGCAAACAACCCGAGCAGCACGAAAACGGUACCACCGCUCGCGGCCUACCUUGGUCCCCAAGCAGCUCGCCGUUUUCCGGGACCGAUCCAUCAUCCGACCGGACGCUUUAGCAGUGCCAUUCCAAACUAUCGAUACUCGCCGCUGGCAGGAGAUUUACUGGCGAACUCGAUGAUUCCUACCAAUGCCAUCGCGAACGGAUCCGGUUGGUGUAUUUUCGUCUACAACCUCGCGCCGGAAACGGAAGAGAACGUGCUGUGGCAGCUGUUCGGUCCGUUCGGUGCCGUCCAAUCGGUUAAGGUCAUCAAGGAUCUGCAAACGAACAAAUGCAAAGGCUUCGGGUUCGUGACGAUGACCAACUAUGACGAAGCUGUUGUCGCUAUACAAUCACUGAACGGUUACACGCUCGGUAACCGAGUGCUGCAGGUCAGCUUCAAGACGAACAAAUCGAAAAAUGCGUAAAAUCAAGCGAACCUGCCACCGGAGCUGUUCGCCCACUGGCUGGCUCAGCUUUCGAUCGUAGCCGCGGCCCGUAACAACAUCGGUGAGCAAGAGGAUUCACAUCGCCGCAAGACGAUGGACGAACGGCACCGGCAGCAGGAUCUACUGGGAUUGGCGCGCCGCCGACAAGGUACUCGCGAACGGGAUCUCGCUGGCAUGGUGGACCAGCGCCGUGCCCUCGAUGGAUGGAUGAGCGAACUGAAUGAGCUGUUGAAGAUGCGUCCAAUCAGAUAAGAUCCGUAACGGUGGACCUGUUUACUUAUUUAUUAAUAUUAUCAUCAUUCUUGCAUUUGUCAUUCGUUUGAGGAGCGGUGCUGAAGCAAUGCCGAGGCAAAAAGAAUGGGUGGUACCAGAUAGCAAACAAACCAAAAAAAAAGGGAAAAUGAGAAAACAGACGGUAAAAUAGAAAAAAAAGAAUGUUAAACAAACACGGAAAGUCCAAAGAAAAAGAAGAACACAUACAAAUCACAGUUCCAGAAUUUGUGUAACUUCUUGCUAGGGGCAAAUGGUGGGCGUUGUUAGUUGUUCUUUGCACGUUUGUUUCUUCACUGCAAAAAGAAAAGGGAUUAAAAAAACAAAACAUACACCCACACACACAGCCAAUCAUUUACAGAAUGUUUACGCCUAUUUUCGGCGUAAAAAGCGGAAUGUGCAAAAUAGGGAAAUAGGGCUUUGGGAAUGGGACAACAAGUGCAAUAACAGCAACAACACGCGAUUCCGGAGCCAUUUAGUCAGGCUGGAAGCGUAAUGCAAAUCGGAACGUUAACGAUAAUGCUAGAAAAGAACAGAAUAAAAAAAAAAUAACAGUGAUACAGUUGUAAGCGAAGGUGCGUCAUAAUGACCAUUGUCAAAAGCGGCACCGCCUAUCUCUGGUCGCCUCCAAGUCAGUUUUGAGCAAAUGUUAAACGCUCGCUAGCCGUGAUGCGUUAUAAAGGGGGAUGUAAUACGGGCAUUGGGGGGAUAAACAUGGGAAAAGAAAUUCGUAACUUGUUCGUGAGGCAUUGUAAAAGGAAGGCAAAACAUUUUUAGAAGAAUUUUACACAAGGUUUUACACACGAGUAAAAAAAGAAGCAAGAAUCACCAAAGGGAAGGGAAUAGGAAGAAGUAAAGUAGGGAGAAACAGACACGAAUGUUGAAAGGAGCAAAUGGAUUGUGAAAUAGCAUAACAAAACCCGAAGGGAAGCCAAACCGAGAAGCACGCUGCACCAGGCAAUGGGGUUGUCGACUGCAUACACGUGCGCUCCAGUUCAAAACGGAAUCGGAAACGAUGAUGAUGUCACUAUUGCCUCUAAACAGUCGUUUUCUGCAUUACCAUUUCCUCCGGUCUUUCUCGAACACACACUUGGAAACGAAGCCUUUUGUGUGUUGGUUGGGUUUUGAGCUCCGGCAGCAAUCGAUGUGAGAUCAUGUUAGAUUAAUUUAAUUAACUAAUUUUUGUUCUUUUGUGCGUUUGCGUUGAUGUUCGAUUUGUGUUUCAACUGCCACGUCGAAGUGGAACGAGUGGCCAGUGCCGUUUUAUUAUAAGUAUGUGUAAAAUUUGCUUUUGGUUUUAUUAGAACAUUGUCACUUCGAGUAAAUUAAACGUUAUCGAUCACAUGAAGUGUAAUUAAUUUUCUAAUGUUCCUUGCUGUUUGAGUAUAUGCCAGUAAUUCUUGUUCGCUUCUUUACACUCACAUCUGCCGCGUGCGGUACGAUGAACAAACUAGUAAUAAUUUACUUUCAGGUUUAUCAGUUUUCAUAAAUUUCACUGUGUGUUUACUAUUGAAAUGGGUACACUCGAAUGUCAGGUUUUGUGCUUGUUGGAUUUUAAAUAUUCGUAUUUACUUUAUUAGUUCUUUUCAGUUACAAAUAGAUCUUUCACCGUAUCCUUAAAGCUUUUCGUGUUCUGUGUUGCUGAAAGUUUAAUUGAACGAUGUCACACACACAAACAAUAGGGGAUUCUUAAUUGCACGUGUUUGAGUUCGUUUGUAUCAUGAUUUUGUGUUCGAAAGGAAAACCACUAUGCAAGAACCGUUGAAUGGCAUAAUUUAUUUGUUUAACGAUUUCGUUCAAUAUUUUUCAAUAUAAAUCAAUUGAAAUACUUCGAAUCUGCGAGAGAGAGAGGGAGAAAGAAAGAGAGAGAAAAAGCACCUAAGCAAAGAAAUGUAAAUUAAAACAAUUGCAAAAAAAAGUUUAAAAACAUUGAUCCAAACCCAAAUUGUUCAGUCUUGUUUUAUCUUUAUUUGUUUUAUAAUUUUGAUCGUUUGGUUUGUUUAUGAUUUUGCAUUUUGUAUUAUUUGUAAAUCUAUAGCUAUCUACCCAUCCAAACAGCACCGAGCAGUCUACGUUACCUUAGCAAAGUUUGUCAGUGUCCGGCCCAAAACCACCUAGAUCUGCGUUUCCCGUUUCCGUUGCAUAGAAUGCGAACGCGAACUAAUUGGGACCAUUGACCAAGUCGUAGCGGAGCGUCGUAGUGUUCGUGCAACAACAAUGGUAGAUGUUUUUUAAAGAAAAAGUUUAAAUCACUACUCUAGCACGCUUCCUCGCCAUCACACGCGUAUCAUGCGAAACUUGCUGGACUAUGCAGUCUUUUUGCCAAUUCCGCCCAUAAUUGUUCGUAGUUUAUACAACACAACAGGCUGUCGUUUUUGCAUUCACGCUGGUAAACGGUCGGUUUACGGUAGCAAGGAACGACUUCUACUGGCAGACAGUGCAGUGUGCAGUAUCUUAGCAUUUUUUUCGUUCGCUUUCUCUUUCCAUCUUUACUCUUCUAAUUUCGUUGACAACCGUUGUUCGACAACCUCUAGUACACCGAAUAAUAGUAAAACAUGGGCAGAUUUUAAGCCUGAAAUUCCACACACCCGAAUAGAUAUCAAAAAUCGCUCCAGAGCGGUUCCGCAAAUCGUUCGAUGGUUAAACACAGAGCCAUUCUAGUUGUGCCAGAACUUUCCCCGAAAUGACGAGAAACUCUAUAUUGCUGCAACACAAAGAAAAAAAAACCGACAAACUGCUCAAUCGAAGGCAAUGAGUAAACAAAUUGAGGUUGUGCUAGUCGAUACGAUCCCCGGAGGAACCAACGUGAACGGGUACUCUAACCAAAAGCGGAACGCGAAGAUGCAAUACUGAAAGUGUAAACCCCACAACGCAGUCACAAUGGAUGCGAGUGGUACUAUGUGGGUACCAUCAGCACAGAUGGAGAAGAUCAUUUGCUGGGGAUGAAACGGAUAACACUAUGAAUCCUUCUGGAACCUGAUCCAACCGACGAUGAAGAAUCCAAACUAUAGCAAACAAGCGAAAAAACGGUGGAAAAAGCACGAAUCGGAUCAUAAACCGAGUACGAGAGUCUACGAUAUUUAUAUAUCUAUACACUUAUAUAGUGAAAUACUUUAUGACGCUGUACAAGGAAGUAAGUAAUUAUAUUUAUAAAACUCUCUUCCGAGAGUGACUCGGGGCGGAAACAAAUUCGCAAAAUAGAAGAAGGAAAAGAAAACAACAGCAAACACGGAACAACAACAACAAAGAACAACAACUAUUAUUAAACACUACUACCGUACAUUUGCUAGUGGCAGCAGGUGAGGCAUUCAAGCAGAAAACAAUAACAGAAGAAAGAAAGGAAAUAAUUUAUUGCAAGAAGAAAAAAACAAAACUAACUAGUCCAAUAGUAUUAUAUAUAUAUACAUAUACAUAUAAUUCAAUAUUUACAUUCUCAGAUAGGAAAAAUUAAUGCAUAAUCGGAUAAAUAUAAUGCAAGCAAAAAACGUUACGAUUGGCCAUAGCAACCGUAGGCCGUCGGGUCAAAAGUGCAAUAGACGUGUGGGAGAACGGCUGGACUAGCGGCCCUGUUCUUGAUAUUGAUUGUCCAUCUUUAUCAUAUUCACUGCAUUCAUUUGAUGUUGUUUAAAUACGCUAAAUACGUAUAGUUCUAUAUCGCAGAAUUUUACCAAGUAACGUUAAAUUAAUCAGCCCUUAACAAACAAACAACCAGCAGGCACAAUUCCCAACACACACAAACACAAAAAAGGUGUACAUCCAUUACAUUAUCUAUCGAUGCAUUAACGUUAGGUCCAUAUGUUUCUGUGUGAUUUGCCGGGAAGGAAGCGUCGAAAUCGAGACACAAAACCACUACCGCAAAAAAUGAAAAAUCUCCCCCACACACACGAACUAAUGAUGAUAAACGAACGAACCGCAUCAGUAUUAUUGUAAUAGAAUGUAUUUCUGCUUUCUACUGUUCAUGGCGCAAGAGGAAGUUAAAAUAGUGAAACUAGAGCAUACCUUAAACAGCAACAACACUUCCCAAACAAGCAGCGAACACGGAAAACAUGGCGUACACUAAUUUAGCGAUAAAACCAAUGAAACGAAGUUAGAAUUGUAGCUAUAAAUGUUUAUAUUAUUCAGAAUAUUCAAUUAUGUGUCCGCUAUUCUUAUUAAAUACCUCUCUUUGUAAUCACUAACGUUUCGAUUAAAUGAUAUCUCUCGUUCUUUUUUACUUGUGAAACAGCUCCCUGUAGCAGAAAAAAUGUAUUGACAUUGGAAAUUAAAGAAGCAAAGAGAAGUAGCAGCAAAAAAACAAAAAACAAACAAACAGGCAGGAAUUUCAUCUGGGAAUACCUAACCCAUGCCAUUAUGUUGCAAAAGAGCAUGAGUAAAAGAAUGGAAAGGCGAUAGCGGCAUGUUCUCCAAGCGCCACCAAAAAAAAAGAGAUUAUUAGUCUAGAAUAGAACGACGUUUAACAUAAUUUGUAUUCUUCUUCUGCACGUUUACGUACGACUUUCUCUUCGAAGGACAGUUUAGGAGCCAGUAUAGGGUUAAACAAGACACAGCUCAACAGUAAGCACUGCAAUAUGGAACGAGAGCAAUGAGAUAGGCAAACGGAACCUUUAGAUAAAUAAAAAAUACACAUGGGAGGGCAGUUCAGCGUGCGAUGUGUGUGUAUGAGGGAAAUUUUCAAGCUAAUCUAUUUUACAUGUUUAGCAAACAUUUUGCUAGUACCGUAUAUAUUGAUAUAUUAGUAUAUAUUGAUAGGAAAUGUUUAACGAUGAAGCAAACAAAAGAAAAACCCGUAAACAUAAGUAGUAUUACAACCCCGGAGCAAACCCAAAACCGGUCGGAUUGUGUGGGGACCGGUGAAAAAUCAAACCCUAAGUAUUGUGUAUCGAUAGCUGUCGAUAGAAAAGAAAAAUGUGAUCCCACCAAUGUAAAACCAAGAAAAAAGUAUUUGCAAAACUGUGUAAGAAGAACAACAAAACAAAACAAAAAAGCUAACAAUCUAUAAGAAAGUAUUAUGAAUGUGUAGCAAAACAAACGUAAAGAACGACAAUUUUAGUACAGCAAAACAGAACAAAACAAGAAACAGAAACACACAAACAAACACAUAUAAACAAAACCAAACGCUGCAAUUAGCAGGUACUAAAACAAGCUCUACCCCAGCGAAUCCUAGUGAAGAAGCGACUGAAUUGAACCGUAAAAUACUGAUCACGCUCUAAGCAUUUAGGGAACUAAGAACGAACAGUGCAGCAAGCAAAACAUAUUAUACCCAUUAGCGAGCGAACCAUUAAGGAAAGGGAUAACGUUAAAGUAAAUGCGUCAAACGCAUUGCUGGUAGACAGAAAGCAAAACAAAAAAGAAAACUACGGAAACGGAAAAAAACUAACAAAAUGGGGGCAAUAAAAAGGUAAACCAUAACAAACAAAACAAAAAACUCACAAAACAUCUACUGAACAAAAAACGGUAAAAAAUGGAAAUAAGAAAUAAAACAAAAAUGUUAACAUUUUUGAUAUUAACUUGUAAGCAGAGUUAGAAAAAUAAAAAAAGCAAAAAAAAACCAACCAAUUUACCAUUUACACGUUGCAAGAAAA